UUUGUGACUUGUCAAGCCAGAUGCAUUUACAAUAGCAUGGGACAUUGACCGAAGCAACGGACUCGUAAUUCUCUCAACUAUGCCAACAACGCUGGAAGCGUUGAUUGGUGAAUAGAAAGCUACGCAUUCCACAGCAUCAUCAGCAGUCCAUAUAUAUCAACUCGUGCCGCCCGCUCAUUAUUUUAUCAAAGCCAGAUUUCCAAUCAGUCUGAAUAAACUUGGACGAAUCUUGACAAUCGGAAACAUUGGUCCUCCACCACAAUGACUAUUCCCCAGAAGCCUCAAAUUCAGCGACUAUCUGCAGAUGCAGAUGUCGACCUGAUGUGCAAACUCCUCGAGGAGGAUGGCGGCUUUAUUUUGAACGGCCUCUUUUCGCCUAACGUCAUGCAACGCUUUAACUGCGAACUUGACGUGGAAUUGGCAAAGCCAAUUCCUAAGGGAGAGAGGCUUCUCGCCGAGAAAUAUCCGCCACAUUUCACAUACGUCCCGGACAUUCCAUCAAAAUCCGAGACCUUCCGCAAGAUAAUUCUCAACAACUCGGUUAUUCACGCCGUCUGCGAAGCUUACUUCAAGAACACCGGAGAUUACUGGCUGAGCGCCGCCUUUCUCAGGGCCAUUGCACCAGGAAUGCCCGCGCAGAGAUUCCACCGGGACGAUGCUACCCACCCUCUGAUGCACUACCAGCCAUUGGAGGCACCCCCAAUUUCGAUCAGUGUGAUCUUCCCUUUGACACAGUUCACCGAAGAGAACGGCGCAACAGAAGUUAUCCUCGGCAGCCAUAAGUGGAACGAAGUCGGCGAGCCUUCACGGGAUGAGGCCGUGCUAGCAACCAUGGACCCAGGAGAUGUUCUGAUUCUACGACAGCGCGUUGUCCAUGCUGGCGGUGGAAAUAACACAACGGACGAGCCUCCACGACGGGUUGUUCUCGCAUACUUCAAUAGUGUGCAGCUCACACCAUUCGAGACGUACCGGACCAUGCCCCGUGAGAUGAUUGAGUCUUGUACUCCUCUCGCACAGAAGAUGCUCGGUUGGAGAACUGUGAAACCUGCCGAUCCUAAUAUUGUGGGAGUCAAUCUCGUGGAUGACAAGCGACUUGAAGUCGUGCUGGACCUCAAGUCCAAUCAGUAGUCGUUUUGUGUUAGUCCACGUCUGAGAUUUCAAAGCUUGAUUCCCUGUAGCCAAGGGUGAUCAUUUUUUGACAGCUUUGUUGCGGGCUCAAGAUGCAAGCCAGAAUGAAUUUCUUUCAAAUCUCAAUUCCCACUCGGUAGACCCAUCACGAAUAUUUGCGUACCUAUACUAUAAGAACAUGUAUGAGGUUUUCUACGACGAUGAUCACACAUGGGACAGAAUACCCAAGUUAAUUAGUCUCAGAUUUGCCUUUUAAUUGUUGGUGGAGUCUUAAAAUCCUACGCUAUCGGUGCUUGGAAAGACUCGCAGGAGGAUCGAGUAGAUAUGGGUGCGAUGAAGCACUAUACUGGUG